AUGGAAUCUUUUCGGCCGACUCCAGUCGUGCCAUCCAACGCUCCAUUGUGGUCUGAUAUCGAUCAGGAUUCACGCAUCCUCAAAGAGCAGUGUGGCAACAGACAACUCGGAUACCUCCAAACACAGAAUAAUCUGGAAUAUUACUCAAACCUCAACGAUGACUCUACAUGUGGAUCUGCUGGUGGACGCCCAGCGGCCUAUCAACCACUGCAAUAUGGUAGGCCACGACCAGGCAAGCUACAACACUCUUGGAUGGCAGGGCUAGCACAGAAAUACGAGCCAGGAUCUCAACACUUGCUCAACAAUGUCAAUCGUGGCAGAUUUCGUGGCUUGGGAAACAUGCCUACCGAUGAUCAGGAGAAGGAUCAAGAGGCAGAGAGAAAGGCCAGGCUGCUUGCAUCAAGAUUCUUACGGUGUGAUGGCUACAUCAAGUACCGAAAUCGCCAGCCUAAGGAAAAGAAGGGCAACAAGGAAGAUGCCAAAUGGCCCGAUCAUAUCGAGGAUGCUUUCAUCGUAGCUCUAUGCCGCCACCCUCCCUGUGGUCGUAAGAAGUCGAAAGCCCCAGGCGAACAGCACAACGACGAUGCGAAGGCGAUGGGAAGGAACGAGUUGAUCGCGGACUACAUUUUCCGUAACACUGGAGAUGUUCGCACUAGGAAGCAGGUGUCGAGCCACAUUCAGGUGCUCAAGCCGUUCGUGCAAAACGAGGCAAUCAUCAUGCGUUUCCUCGCUACGCCUGGCGAGAAAGAGUCCGCGGCUACGAAAGCUGCUCGGAAGAGAGCAUCGGUGUACAAUCCUGAUUCCCAAUCACGUAUGAGCUCUUUGAAUCAACAACGCAAUUACUCACUACAGACUGGAUUUGACUUGCAGCCUGAAGAGUUUUGCAUGUUUAUGCGUUCUUGUAAAGGUUCAGAAACACUGCACACAUACAGUGCCACCGAAAGCUUCGGCCCUAGCAGCUGCUUCGUACAGACUCAAGCAGAACUCUACGACUGCUUCCCUGGUCUCGCCAACGUCCCACUCGAGCGUUUCUCUAUGGGCAAGUUUCUCGCUUUGCAUGUGCCUAUUGUGCUGCACUCGAAGAACCUAGUUGGCGACAUAGAACUGGCUAUCCGUUGGGUUUUCAAAGCUCCUGCUCGUAACCCACCUGUCUCUGUCAGCAGUCGUACAAGAUUGUACCUCAAUGGUCGACCCAUGUACUGUGACAGAUUGGGCAAUCGUCAGUUCUACGACAACCAAAACUUCGAGGUGACCGAAGAAAUGCAUCAGGACUGGCUCAACUUUACCAAGGAAUACGACGCAGCUGAAGUCUCUGAAAACAACGAUGCACUCGACAUGAACUCGAAUGGCCAUUGCAGCUCGAGUGGUGGCAUGAUCCAGUAUUACGUUCCUUUCUCCAGCACAUUCUGGGCUCGCUAUCUUUAUCACGUCGUCUUGCUCCAACGACAGGCUACUGAUCUCGAAAAUCGUCCUUUGCAGCCAGAUGAGACUGCUGAAGAUCGCCACGACCAGCUCUCCAAGAAGUGUCUCGAGGUCUGUUCGGCUCUCAGCGAACUUACAGCUGUCCAAGAAAUCAUCGCAAGAACAGAGUUGGGCGAGCCUCGAGUGGUCUUGACUGUCCACUUCUCGUUCUCGCAUGCAGCGAGCAAGGAGGCUGCAGUGACGACGUGGCAGUAUCUAGACAUGGCAAGUGCGUUUGACGAUGCAAUGCCCAUGUCUGCAGGAGGCGUGAGUCAAGUCUCACAAUCUGCUAGUGACAGUCAGGAAAGUGCUCUCAGUGUUCAAGAUGCCUACACCGGAGGCAGUCACGACUAUGCGGGUUUCGAUCUUUCUGCUGUUAACAAUGAACAUCACUACCCUGAUCCGACCCUCAAGAAUACAAACGAGUUGGCCUCGCCCAUUGACUUACACGACACACAAGCAACUGCAGGUUACAGCACUUCAUGGCUCUUGCCCACUUCAACUUCUGACCUCGAUCACCUUGCUGCCACUGUACUUGAUCCGCUCCUGCCGCAUAGCAGUCAGUCAAAUCUCCAACAGCAUAACUUGCACGAUGUCAACUCCUUCGAUUUCAGUAAUGGCAAUAUCUCCAUCUCUCUCGACAGCUCGGCCUUGUCGCCUCAUCAACCUCUUCCUCAAUCGUCUGCUGCCUUCUCAUCUGCCAUUGACGCCUUGGACCUCGACCUCACAGCCACAGACCCAUUGCUGCUACAGCCAUCGCGCACUACAACACCAUGGCUAAUGAGUUCAAAUGCUACACCCACCGACUACGGCGCUCUGUUCAGCCAACCACACUCUCCCGCCAGCGCCGCUUUCCCUGACUAUUCGAACAGCAACGGAGCAGAGUUGGCCGAUCACCUCGCUGCCGCCGCCGGAGGACUUACCGACACUUUCGAUGUCAACUCCUUUUCACUGUCCGCUAAUCAAGCCUUCGCUGGUGCUGGCAAUGGAACUUCAGAUCUCGAUCCUACGUCUCGCCAACAGAGUUUCUCAGCCGUUCCUGAAGACACAGAGGCUGGUGGUGUUGCCCUCCACGACGACCACCACUUUUCACCAACCACACAUCAAGGGUUUGGAUAUAUGAAGGCGGACUUCCCUCAGCAGGAAAGCUUCGGACUCUCUCAACAGCAACAGGAGGAGUUUGAGCAAGGUCGUCAGGAUUCUUUUGCCACAAGUCAUACUGAGUCUUUUGUUGGUGGCACUGACACUCAUAAUUUCGCACACUCUUUUGAUGUGAGUGCUGAUACUGGCUUUGAUAUCAGUGACUUGAGGAGUGGAGCUCAGAGUCGGCCUCAUAGCCAGAACCACAGAGAGACUUGGGCAGGCGCUGGAUUCUAG